UUAUUCACACUCUGGUUUGGCCAGUUUAUAUUCUUCACUACAAUUCGACCAUGCAAGCAGUGAGUAUUGGUUUGCCAGCACUGCUGAUAAUAUUCUGUGCACAGUUGUUGGUAGUAUCUUCAAAAGAAGCAGACGAUUGUCCCUCGAUAAAGCGCAUUGGGUGUUAUAAGGCAAAACAAGAUGGAUCCCCAAUCCUUGAUCUCCUUAUUUUAACGGACCGCGAUCCUAAGUCUCAUGUGUACAGCGGAAUAAACAUUAAGUGGGAUAAGUGGAAUUCCUACAUGGCUGACCUCGCUUAUAGAUGCGCUGAUCGUGCUGAAGAAUUAGGUUAUGACAUAUUUGGUAUUCAGUUUUAUGGAGAGUGCUGGAGCAGCGCCACACAAAAUCUCACGUCGAUCAAGUCCAGCYCGCCAUCCAAGGAAUGUGCCGGAGAUGACUUCAAGCUGUGUUCACCCACCGAAAUAUUUUGUGUCGGGAAAGCAGAUGUCCUUUUUGUUUAUCAAUUAAAAUCGGACUCAUGUGAAUGUGACUCAAAUGCUGUUUGCAUCAAAUCGCAAGAUACCUACAAGUGCGAAUGUAAAGAAGGGUUUGUCGGUGAUGGAAACGUGUGCGCAYCCGAUACAUUCCGAGGGCUAUCUUCUUCAUCUAUCUUGAGUGAUUAUGGAAACCUUACCUAUUUACAAGAUAUCUCAAGAUUCUUAAGACCUGUUCUGCAAGAUCCGAGUAAAAGUCGCUGGAUUAGAUGCUGGAGAGCUGCUACCGAUGGCUGGGAUGUAACUCAAACGUUCCAUCCCCAGUGUGACAAUAAAGGUCCSACAGUUACUUUGAUUCGCGUGAAAAACUUCAUCUUUGGAGGAUACUCUYAUGCAUCCUGGGACGUGUCCUCCACUUACGCAAAGUCAUCCGAUGCAUUCCUAUUUUCGCUGUACAACAUCCGUGGAUACAACCCUCUUCAAUUUUCUAUUUUAGGAUUAAGCAAUGCCAUAUUCAGGUAUAAGGUGUACGGCCCAACAUUUGGGGGUGGGCACGAUAUCCUUGUAUCGAACAAUGCAAUUAAUAAUAAUAUUAGUGCAUUUUGUCCAUAUACAUACAAUGCCCCACCUGGCUGUAAAAGUUAUGAUAGAAAAUGUUCGUUUUAUACAGGAACUAGCGGUAGAUUUUCUCCUGAUGACAUAGAAGUCUUCUAUGAAGUUGWCUACUGAUGAAUCAUACUUACUGUUGUACACGACUUAUUCAUGGAUUAAACUUUCAACAACGAAAUGUUGCGCUAUUGCGCAUGUAUCUAUCUUUAUUUUAUGCUUGACACGGUUUUCUUUGUUAUUCAUGGUUCUGUGUUUUUCAUAUUUACC